AUGUCGCAGCCACAGAUUUCCCUGACAUACUUCAACAUCGAGGCGGCCGCUGAGAAAGUUCGCCUCGCGCUGGUCAUGACCGGCACCGAAUUUGAGGACAAGCGUGUGACCUUUGAGGAGUGGGGGGCCCUGAAGCCCAGCACGCCCUAUGGCCAGUUGCCUCUGAUGACCGUCACAAACCCUGAUGGCACAGUGAAGAGCUUUGCCCAGAGUGUGGCGAUGAUGCGAUGGGUGGCCCGCAAGUUUGACACCACGGACACGCUGUAUCCGGCUGAUGCUGAUAAGAUGUUGGAGAUCGAGGAGGUCAUUGGCUUGUCUGAUGACAUGGCGAAGGCAUGGCAGCCGUCCUUGUACAUGGGAAUGGGCCGUCAUGCUCAGUACGGACACCCACAGGAAUGGCCCGAAGCAAAGGAAACGGUAAAGAAAAUGCGUGAGACUUUCAUCGCAGAGGGGCUGCCGCGCUUCAUGGAUUUCUUCUCGAAGAAGCUUGAGGCCACCGGAGCAUUCUUCUGUGGAGACAAGCCCACCAUUGCAGACCUCCAGAUCUUGGCCCAGCUGCGUUAUUUCACCAAAGGUGUCGCCGAUCACGUCCCCGCGGACUGUUUGACACCUUAUCCAGUGGUGACCAGCUGGAUGGACAGGAUGCAUGCCAUCCCGCAGAUUAAGGCCUGGUACAAGCUGUGA